AUGAACCAAGAAGAGGCUAUAUACCGCUCAGCGGACAUGACGUAUGUCCAACUGUACAUACCGUUGGAAGUUAUAAGAGAGGUGACUUUCUUACUAGGGAAAAUGGGCGUCUUCAUGGUAAUGGACCUUAAUAAAGAUUUGACCGCAUUCCAAAGAGGUUAUGUUAACCAGUUGAGGCGCUUCGACGAAGUGGAAAGAAUGGUGAUCUUCUUGAAUGAGGUGGUAGAGAAGCAUGCCGCAGAGACUUGGAAAUACAUUCUACACAUUGACGAUGAAGGAAACGACAUUGCUCAGCCUGAUAUGCUAAAUCUCAUCAAUACCAUGGAACUACUAUCAUUGGAUAAUGUUAAUGACAUGGUAAGAGAAAUCACUGAUUGCGAGUCCCGUGCGAGACAGUUAGACGAGUCCUUAGAUAAUCUUAGAAUCAAACUAAACGACCUUUUAGAACAAAGACAGGUAAUAUUUGAAUGUUCAAAAUUCAUUGAAGUCAAUCCAGGGAUCGCCGGAAGAGCUAGGAACCCAGAAAUUGAACGAGAAGAGAGGGACGUGGAUGACUUCAGACUGAAUCCGGAUAACGUUAGUGAGACACUGAGUGAUACUUUUUCUUUUGAUGACGGCAUGUCGGAGAAUCCAGAUACCUUGAGGGAUGGUAUUCUUGGAAACCAGUCAACCGAGGAUCUAAGCUUUUUAGAACAAGGAUACCAGCAUCGAUACAUGAUAACGGGUUCCAUUAGGAGGACCAAAGUAGACGUAUUGAACAGAAUUCUGUGGAGGUUAUUACGUGGUAAUUUGAUCUUCCAAAAUUUCCCAAUAGAAGAACCGUUGUUAGAAGGUAGAGAAAAGGUCGAAAAGGACUGCUUUAUUGUCUUUACUCAUGGUGAAACAUUACUAAAGAAGGUGAAACGUGUCAUAGAUUCCUUGAAUGGUAAAAUAGUCUCUUUGAAUGCUCGCUCUAGCGAGUUAAUUGACACCUUAAAUCACCAAAUAGAUGACUUACAAAGAAUACUAUAUACAACAGAACAAACUUUACACACAGAAUUGCUUGUUAUACAUGACCAAUUGCCAAUAUGGUCCGCCAUGACGAAAAGAGAAAAAUAUGUUUAUACCACGUUGAACAAAUUUCAGCAAGAAUCUCAAGGCCUGAUAGCUGAAGGCUGGGUUCCUUCCACAGAACUAAUUCAUCUGCAAGACUCUUUGAAGGAUUACAUUGAAACACUAGGUUCUGAAUACAGUACCGUCUUCAAUGUGAUCCUAACUAAUAGAUUACCGCCAACAUAUCACAGAACUAAUAAAUUCACUCAAGCCUUUCAAUCGAUUGUGGACGCAUACGGCAUUGCUACCUAUAAGGAAAUUAAUGCUGGUUUAGCCACAGUCGUCACGUUUCCCUUUAUGUUUGCCAUUAUGUUUGGUGACAUGGGCCAUGGGCUGAUUUUAUUUUUGAUGGCAUUGUUUCUAGUGUUGAAUGAACGUAAAUUCGGAGCCAUGCGCAGGGAUGAAAUUUUUGACAUGGCAUUCACUGGUAGGUAUGUUGUGUUGUUAAUGGGCGCAUUUUCUGUAUAUACAGGGUUAUUGUACAACGAUAUCUUUUCCAAGUCAAUGACGUUAUUCAGAUCUGGCUGGCAGUGGCCUUCCACUUUUAGAAAAGGUGAAUCUAUUGAGGCAAAGAAAACUGGAGUUUAUCCAUUCGGAUUAGAUUUUGCUUGGCAUGGUACAGACAACGGACUGCUUUUUUCGAACUCUUAUAAGAUGAAACUAUCUAUCUUAAUGGGAUAUGCACAUAUGACGUAUUCCUUCAUGUUUUCUUAUAUCAACUUCAGGGCCAAAAACUCUAAAGUGGACAUAAUCGGUAACUUCAUUCCUGGGUUGGUGUUUAUGCAAUCAAUAUUUGGCUAUUUGUCCUGGGCCAUCGUGUACAAAUGGUCAAAGGAUUGGGUUAAGGAUGAUAAACCGGCCCCAGGGUUACUGAAUAUGCUUAUCAACAUGUUUUUAGCACCAGGAACCAUCGAUGAUCAAUUAUAUCCCGGACAAGCCAAGUUGCAAGUUGUGCUGUUGCUUGCGGCAUUGAUUUGUGUUCCAUGGUUAUUACUAUAUAAACCACUAACACUGAAGAGGAUAAACAAGAACAAUGUUGGUGUUAGACCUCAUGGAUACCAGAGUGUAGAUAAUCUCGAACAGGAUGAACAAUUGGCACAACAGCGACAUUCAGCGGAAGGAUUUCAAGGAAUGAUUAUCAGUGAUAUUGCGGAUAGUAUCAACGAAAACGUUUCCGGUGAUGAACAUGGAACAUUUAAUUUUGGUGAUGUCAUGAUUCAUCAAGUGAUUCAUACUAUUGAGUUCUGCCUGAACUGUAUUUCUCAUACAGCUUCAUAUCUGCGUCUUUGGGCGUUGUCGCUGGCUCAUGCGCAACUGUCUAGUGUGUUAUGGGACAUGACCAUAUCAAACGCUUUUAGUUCUAAGAACUCGGGAUCGCCUUUAGCCGUAAUAAAGGUGGUUUUCUUGUUUGCCAUGUGGUUUGUUCUGACUGUUUGUAUCUUAGUUUUCAUGGAGGGUACUUCUGCGAUGUUGCAUGCCUUACGUUUGCACUGGGUGGAAGCAAUGUCCAAAUUCUUUGAAGGUGAAGGAUAUGCAUACGAGCCGUUUUCAUUUCAGGCUAUAAUAGAGUGA